CCGGAGAAGAUACUUAGUGCAGUGGGCCUGAGAACUGGACGUUAUCUGACAUAAUGUUUAUUGGAGCCUGGAGACAUGCUCAGCGUGUCCGAGAGGUAUCCUUGACCACAGUGUUGUUAGAAUGGUGGGAUGAUGUGCGUGUUUAUCUCCGAGGUGACAGCAUCAUGGCCUUGCUCUGAGCUUKUAUAGAGAAACAUACGGCAACUCCCACAGACAGAAACAACUCCCCUCGACAACCCAAUCAUGCUGGUCCUCUCUGUUUUUAUUAUUCUCUAUUUUUCUCUUUAAAACACCUAGAACAAAAACGACAYUCUACACAGGUCUUCUGUGUUAUAUAUUUUAUAUUUUAGCAUUCUCCAUUUCACUCAGAAACAAAACUACACAAAUUUGACAGAAAAUGUUGCCUGCAACUUUCAAACUGUGCGCUGGCAUCUCCUACCGACAUAUGAGGAACAUGACAGGUUAGUGAAUGAGUAUGUGAAUGACUGCUAGUGUUACACGGUCCAGUGGCCCUGUGUUCAUAGUGUGUUCUAAAACUGUAUUUUCUGUUGUUGUUUUACAAAGAAUGUAUGGAAUGAUUUGGUAUAACAAUAAUAGACGUUCAGCUGUCUUCUCUUUCUCCUAUUCUCCCUGUCCCAGGUUUGAGGAAGAAUGCAAUGGUGGCCAUUCACCAUGAGUUGAACAUGCUAGCAGGCCCUGACCCUUGCAACUGGAUCAGCCAUGUCCGCCGCAGGAGCUCACAAUCCAGCUCGCAGAUCGAGGAGGAGCAGGGCUUUAAUGAGGCAGAGGUGUCGUACGUGAAGCAGGGGGAGGAGGCGCUGCAGAAGUCUAUCAGCAUCCUCAGCAAUCAGGACGGAUGGACCACUGAGAUCACUGCUAUUCUCCAGAAGAUAGGUCAGGAGACCAUGGUGAACCACGAGGUGUCUGGACCCACGCCUGGUAACAUGGUGGGGCCGAGGGACUUCGUUAGUGUCCMCUGUGCCAAGCGCCGGGGGUCCACGUGCUUCCUGGCUGGCAUGUCUACUCAGCACCUCACCAUACCCGAACAGAGGGGCGUUGUCAGGGCGGAGAACGGACCAACAUGUAUAGUGAUGCGGCCCAGUGCCGAUGAUCCAAACAAGACCAAGUUCGCCUGGUUAUUAAGUAUAGAUUUAAAGGGUUGGAUCACAAAGACCAUCAUAAACAAAGUGCUCUCUCAGACACAAGUGGAUUUUGCCAACCACCUGAGGCAGAGGAUGGCCAGCAACAUUGAUUCCAUGGAGAUUGUGCCAGCCUGCUGACACACCAUCUGUUGUGCCCUCUGACCUUUCGAAUGGCGUGCACACCAAUGGCAGGCCACCAAAUGGACAGCUCCGCCCAGUCCUUAGGACAGAAUUGGAGUACAAUUGAGUGAAGCCUUGUUCUUCUGAACCCUGGCUCCAUUAACAGUCUAAAGUGGCUCUCUCCCCAUGUCCUUCUCUUCAUACCAAUCUCAAAGAACUGGUCUAUAUCCUCACCUAACCUGUUCACACACAAAUCCAGAUGAAGAGGAGAGACUAGGGAAGGACACUUAAGAGUAGAUGUGCCUAUUUUACACAGCACACACCCUCUUCUCAAAACAUACACACAUUCCCCUUUACCACGGAGUCUGUGAUCCUUUUAUCCAGCCAUAGCACCCAUUGUUAUUGUACCUUCAAUGUGAAGUGUUAUUUAAACAUUAUAUUUAUUGUAAAACAAUGUCAUUGCAUUACACUGGGUUAGGAUGACUGCCAAGUGAAUAAAUUAUUCCAACAUCA